UCCUCACCCCAAGCCCUAACCCUAGAAAACUCGCCUCCCCCUGAAAUCCUCCCUCAAAACCCUAAUCAUCGCCUCCCCCGCCGGCGCCCUCCGCCGCCGGAGCCCCUCAAAACCGCAGCCAACAUGCAGAUCUUCGUCAAAACCCUCACCGGCAAGACCAUCACCCUCGAGGUCGAGUCCUCGGACACGAUCGACAAUGUCAAGGCCAAGAUCCAAGACAAGGAGGGGAUCCCCCCGGACCAGCAGCGCCUCAUUUUCGCGGGAAAGCAGCUCGAGGACGGCCGAACCCUAGCCGACUACAACAUCCAGAAGGAGUCGACCCUCCACCUCGUGCUCCGCCUCCGCGGAGGCGCGAAGAAGAGGAAGAAGAAGACGUACACGAAGCCCAAGAAGAUCAAGCACAAGAAGAAGAAGGUGAAGCUCGCUGUCCUGCAGUUCUACAAGGUUGACGACACCGGGAAGGUGAUUAGGCUGAGGAAGGAGUGCCCCAAUGCUGAGUGCGGAGCCGGGACUUUCAUGGCGAACCACAAGGACCGUCACUACUGUGGGAAGUGCGGGCUCACCUACGUGUACCAGAAAGGUGAGUAAAAAUUUGAUCUUUGAUCGGUUUGAGUUGGAAAGUUGAGACCUUUGGUGUUUUUUUGUGUUAGGGUUUGUUUUGGGUCUGGUAAUUUUAGUUUGGUUUAUGAUGUUUGGUUUCGGUUUCUAGUUGUUGGAUCUAUGAAGAUAAUUAGUUAUCGCUGGAUUGUGGUUUAAAAAGUUACAAUUUUCUGUUAGUUUUGUCUAUUUACUGCGGUAUGAUGAUGCUUGGUUAUUGGUUA